AUGUCUGCUAAAAGCGCGGAACUCGAGUCGCGUGGCGACUCGCCGGAGCAGGAUGAAUCAGCCGAAAAGCGGACAAGCAAGAAGCGCAAGGUGCUUUCCUGCUAUUCUUGCCGCAAUCGCAAGAUGAAAUGCGACCGUGUGUAUCCAGUCUGCGGGCGUUGCCAGAAGACUGGGAGAGCCGAUCAGUGCUCAUACGACCCGCGCUUACUCGAAGAAGCACAUGUGCGGAACGGUCAGCCACUGACUGCCGAUGCGUCCAAUACGAUGUUUGCAAUACAAGAUACUGAGUCCACCGAGGACCAUGUCAAAGACAGCCCCUCAAACAAUUUGCGCUGGAAACUGCGGGUGCAGGAGCGCAGGAUUGAGAUGUUGGAGAAAAAGCUUACAGCGACGGUCGUCAACAAGAAUCUGUCGCAAUUGACACACUUACCCGCCAAGGAGCCUGAGAUUGCCGAGGAGAUGAUGUUCCGAGGCAAGGGCUUCAAGACGCAAUUUCACGGCUCGACAAGUGUGAUGAGUAUGAUUUCACAGUAUCGCGAUCUACAAGCUUUCACACGUGAGACUUUGAUAGUGGACAACUCCAUGACACGAGUCAAGACGGAUUUUAAGAGCUUUCGGAGCUACAGAAAGGUGCUUGCGAAAGAGAAGAUCGCACGAACCUACGGCACCGACGAGGAGAUAUUCGCACUUCUGCCACCGAAGCACGAAGUGGAUGCUCAGGCCGUACUUUAUUUCCAAACAUGGGAGACGACCUACCGAAUCUUGCACGAGCCCACCUUCUGGCAGGAAUACAACAUCUUCUGGGAACGACGGCCAGGUGAUGACAAGCAAGCUGGCUUCGCUACGAUUCUCAUCCUUGUCGUUGCAGCUACUAAAUGUCUGACGGUCAAAGACGAUGUUUUUGUCGGCGACAGCACCUCAGACAGGGACUCAGCAUCUAGUCUCAUCGAGACAUGCGAGAUGUGGCUCAACAGACAGCCUCGAAAACGCCUUACUCUGCCCUUCUUCCAGCUACAGUGCUUGUCACUGCUAGCCAAGAGGGCCAACUGUGUCAAACUCAAGCAGGAUUGGCUUGUUGCAGGUGACGUUGUCCGAUUGGCUCUGGCGUCAGGAAUGCACCGAGAUCCUUCCCUACUGGCCACUGGACGAAUAUCUGAGUACGAGAAGGAGAUGAAGAAGCGAUUAUGGUAUACUAUUGCUGAACUCGAAAUCCAGUCAUCACUUGACAAUGGUCUGCAGUCGUCAUUGACGAGUUUGUAUUUCGACACACCAGCACCCUCAAAUCUCCCCGACGAGGCGUUUUCUCUGGAGACGAAAGAUAUGCCCAUGAGCAGACCCAUAGAACAGUUCACGACAACUUCUUACUGCAUUGUUGCUCUGAAGUCACUACCUCUACGCAUUCACCUGACGAAACUGCUGAACGAUCCUUCAAACCAGCUGCAGUAUGAAGAUGUACUUCACUACGAUGAGCAAUUUACAUCAAUUCUUGCCGAACUACCCACUUGGGUAGACACUCGUGCCUUGAUACCCUCCGCACUUCUCGGUCUACAGCUUCGCCAAUACCUACUCAUCCUUCAUAAGUCGUACGCGAAGAGGGCAUUUUUGAAUAAACGCUUCAUGUAUUCGUUCACCGUCAGCGUGGAGGCAGCAAGCUCCAUCAUAGCAACUCACGACGAGCUCAACGUGAAUGGCAAACUAUCCCUCAACCACUUUCGCAACGACGCAAUCCGCGUCGGUAUGGAAAUAUCCCAGAUUGCCAAUUGUAACUGCGCACGAUACAGAAUGAGGGCCUCAAUCCCUCCACCAGCAGCGCAAGAGACUCACUUUGCGGAUCCCGUCCGUCACAUUGCCGACGCAAAGGUUGCACCAGUCUUCGAUAAAGGUGGCUUCGAGCCCCCAGGUCCGAAUAUAAAUCUUCCAGUACUGCCACGCGAGGCCCUUCCCCGCGCACUGAUAACAGCCUCGAUCGAGAUCCUGGGGCGCACUCUCGAGAUUUUUGAGAAGAAAGUGAUGCGCCUCGGCACCGGAUACAUGGAGUACUGGCUUCUAUCUGCUGCGGUCGGGAUGCUGCCUCCCCUCAACCCGCCGCCACCUCCACAUGUAACGUCCAUCGCGCACAUCACCACUGCCACUGAUGACUUACAUGAGCGGUGCAAGAAAGCCUUGGAUAGGUUCAUGGCUUUGGCGUUCAGGGUUCUAGCGAUGCAGAGAGAUCCAUUGAACAGUCUUGCGACAACUCUGCGAAAUACAAUGAGUAACAGCAGCCCCAGUGAUGCUCGUACCCCAAGCGUGACAUCGAGGAGUAUGAGUCUAGGCGGAUUGGCGGCAGGUACCAUGGCAGGAACCAUGCCAUUUCCAGGAAUGACCGGAAGCAUGGAUGCGGACAAGAGCAUGGACGCGCUGAAUGGACCUUUCAACCCUUUGGAAGACAUGAACUUGGAUCUCAGCGGUUGGAAAUUUCCUGACUUCUGGACAUUCGAUCUCGCUGGUGACUUCUAA